AUGGCGGCGGCGGGCUCCCGGCCCCACCUGGGCUCGGCCGCCCGGCACGCGCCCGGGGCCCCGGAGCCGCGGACCCCCGAGGCGGACGGCAGGACGCCGGGCCUUCCCCAGGACCCGGACGGCUGCGCGUUGGUGGCGACCACCCAGGCCAUCCCUCUGCAGGUGGACAUGGCCAUGGCCCUGCAGCGCGUGCGGAUUUCCGAAAAGUACGGCAAGAGCUACCUCUGCCUGCUGCAGGCGGUCUUCGUCGCAGAAACCGAGGUGCUCCUCCGGGUAAAGGACAUCAGCCAUUUCUUAAUGCAAGACAUCGCCUUCCUGUCUGGUGGCCGGGGAAAGGACAAUGCUUGGAUCAUUACGUUUCCAGAAAAUUGUAAUUUCAGAUGCAUACCAGAAGAAGUGAUAGCAAAAGUGCUGACUUACCUGACGUCUAUUGCGAGGCAAAAUGGAUCUGACUCCCGAUUUACUGUUAUUCUUGAUCGAAGGUUGGAUACCUGGUCUUCUCUCAAAAUCUCUCUCCAAAAAAUCUCAGCUUCCUUCCCUGGGAACUUGCACUUGGUUUUAGUGCUCCGUCCUACCAGUUUUCUCCAGCGAACUUUCACAGACAUUGGAUUUCGAUUUAGUCAGGAAGAUUUCAUGCUUAAAUUACCGGUGGUUAUGCUGAGCUCAGUUAGUGAUUUGCUGACUUACAUUGACGACAAGCAGUUAACCCCUGAGUUAGGAGGCACCUUGCAGUACUGCCACAGUGAAUGGAUCAUCUUCAGAAAUGCUAUAGAAGAUUUUGCCCUCACAGUGAAAGACAUGGCUCAGAUGUUACAGUCCUUUGGAACUGAACUGGCUGAGACAGAACUACCAGAUGAUAUUCCUUCAAUAGAAGAAAUUCUUGCAGUUCGCGCUGAAAGGUACCACCUGUUAAAGAAUGAUAUUACAGCUGUGACCAAAGAAGGGAAAAUUCUGCUAACAAAUCUGGAAGUGCCUGAUGCCGAGGAUGCUGUGAGUUCAAGACCUGAACAUCAUCCACACAUUAGUGGCGACUGGCAGACUAUUAAUAAAUUGCUGACUCAAGUACAUGAUAUGGAAAUAGCUUUUGAUGGAUUUUGGGAGAAACACCAACUAAAAAUGGAGCAGUACCUGCAACUCUGGAAGUUUGAGCAGGAUUUUCAAGAGCUCGUGAGUGAAGUUGAACUUCUAUUAAACCAACAAGCAGAGUUGGCUGAUGUAACAGGGAAUAUAGCUCAAGUAAAACAAAAAAUUAAAAAGUUGGAAAACUUAGACGAAAAUUCUCAGGACCUGUUAGCCAAGGCCCGAUUUGUGAUAAUACAUGGACACAGGCUCGCGGCAAGUCACCAUUACGCCCUGGAUUUGAUCUGCCAGAGGUGCAACGAGCUCCGUUACCUUUCCGAUAUCUUGGUGAACGAGAUCAAAGCCAAACGAGUACAGCUGAGCCGGACCUUCAAAAUGCAUAAACUCCUACAGCAGGCUCGCCAGUGCUGUGAUGAAGGAGAGUGCCUUCUAGCUAAUCAGGAAAUAGAUAAGUUUCAGUCUAAAGAAGAUGCUCAGAAAGCCCUGCAGGACAUCGAAAAUUUCCUCGAAAUGGCUCUACCCUUUAUAAAUUAUGAUCCUGAAACCCUACAGUAUGAAUUUGAUGUAAUUCUAUCUCCUGAACUCAAGGCUCAAAUGCAGACCAUACAACUGAAGCUUGAGAACAUCCGAAGUAUAUUUGAGACCCAACAAGCUGGUUUCAGAAACCUGGCAGAUAAGCGUGGGAAGCCAGUUCCAUUCGUAGUCCCUGCUUCGGACAGUUUGAUCAGAUCUAGAGCACCGUUUUUUUCAUCUAAACAAGGGAAGAAGACUUGGAGACAAAAUCAGAGCAACUUAAAAAUUGAAGUGGUGCAUGAUUGUCGGGAGAAGCGAGCUUCUGCUCAGUCCUCCAGUUUGGACAAUGACAAUAGCUUGGAUGUUUUAAAGAACCAUGUCCUAAAUGAGCUGGUACAGACAGAGAGGGUGUAUGUUCGGGAACUGUUUACUGUUUUGUUGGGCUAUAGAGCGGAGAUGGAUAAUCCAGAGAUGUUUGAUCUUAUGCCACCUCUCCUGAGAAAUAAAAAGGAUGUUCUCUUUGGAAAUAUGGCAGAAAUAUAUGAAUUCCAUAACAACAUUUUCAUGAGCAGUCUGGAAAAUUGCGUUGAUGCUCCGGAAAGAGUGGGACCUUGCUUCCUGGAAAGGAAAGAUGAUUUUCAAAUGUAUGCGAAAUAUUGUCAGAACAAGCCCAGAUCAGAGGGAAUCUGGAAGAAGUAUUCAGACUGCGCCUUUUUCCAGGAAUGUCAAAGAAAAUUAAAACACAGACUUGGUCUAGAUUCCUAUUUACUGAAACCAGUGCAACGGAUCACAAAAUAUCAGUUACUGUUGAAGGAGCUAUUAAAAUAUAGCAAAGACUGCGAAGGAUCUGUCCAAUUAAAGGAGGCACUUGACACGAUGCUGGAUUUACUGAAGUCGGUUAAUGACUCUAUGCAUCAGAUUGCAAUAAAUGGUUAUAUUGGAAAUUUAAAUGAGUUGGGCAAGAUGAUAACGCAGGGUGCAUUCAGCGUCUGGAUCGGGCACAAGAAAGGUGCUACAAAAAUGAAGGAUUUUGCUAGAUUCAAGCCAAUGCAGCGGCACCUUUUCUUGUAUGAAAAAGCUAUUGUUUUUUGCAAAAGGCGUGUCGAAAGUGGAGAGGGCUCCGAUAGAUACCCGUCAUACAGUUUUAAGCACUGUUUGAAAAUGGACGAAGUUGGAAUCACGGAGUAUGUGAAAGGCGAUAACCGCAAGUUUGAAAUCUGGUAUGCCGGCAAGGAAGAAGUUUAUAUUGUCCAGGCUUCAAACAUAGACGUGAAGAUGACAUGGUUAAAAGAAAUCAGAAGUAUUUUGUUGAAGCAACAGGAACUUAUGACCGUUCAGAAGCGAGAACAAUAUAAUCAGUUAACAGAACAGAAUCAUCUUUCUUCUCAGCGCAGUGAUGAAAGGCACCAGGGAGCUUUUAUGGGCGCUGAGGAAGCUGACUUGGAACAUACCAGGGCCAUGGUGGAGGUUGGUGAGGCCAUUGCAUCCGUUCGGGCAGAAGCAAAUACAGUUUGGACCGAGAUGUCUUCACCUGCAGAUAUCUCUGAGGAGCCUGAGGAAUGGUCAAGUCACUAUUUCUACCCUUCUUACGAUGACAAUGAGGAAGAGGAGAGGCCUCUAAUGAAUUCCCCGAGUUGUGCUCCUAAGGAAAACAUCCAAAGGGCAGCCCGAGGCAUUCCACACAUAUCCCCAAUAAAAGAGCCCCCCAACCCCAAAGCAAAACAGGUUGGAGUGACCUGCUCUUUGGGCCUCACCUCAAGUCAAAGCCAAGAAAUGAUGGGUGCCGCUUCCCUCGCGGAGGCCCGCAUCACAGGGGGCUGUCCUAUUUUAAUGAAGCUGCUGUGUUAA